AUGGAGAGUGUCAGCGACAGGAGGAGGGAGAGUGUCAGCGACAGGAGGAGAGAGAGAGAGAGAGAGAGAGCGGGGAGAGAGAGUCAGGCAAUAAGAGACAUGGAGGUAGAGAGACACAGAAAGAAUGAGAGCGUCAGGCAGAGGGAGGUAGAGGGAGAGAAUCAGACAGAGAUUGAGAGGGAGAGAUUCAGACCGAAGGAGGGAG